AUGUAAAAAUAUUUUUUUAUUUGCGUCAUAUUGAUUACGCUAAAUGCAUUAGAUAAUGGAUUAGGCAGAAAACCUCCUAUGGGUUGGAAUCCAUGGAAUAAAUAUGGCUGCAACAUCAACGAAGAAAUUGUCAGAUAAACUGCUGAUGCUUUAGUCUCAACAGGAUUGGCAGCUGCAGGAUACAUUUACUUAAAUUUAGAUGAUUGCUGGUAAUCAGCUAGAGAUCCUGUUACCAAAAAGAUUAUUGCAGAUCCAAUCAAAUUUCCAUCUGGAAUUCCAUCAUUGGUCUAAUAUGUACAUUCAAAAGGAUUGAAAUUUGGAUUAUAUUCAGAUGCUGUAAGAUUAUAUAAAUAUCAUAUAGGGUAUGUAAACAUGUGAAGGCAAGCCAGGUUCAUUAGGUUAUGAAGAAAUUGAUGCAGAAACAUAUUCUGAAUGGGAUAUUGAUUACUUAAAGUAUGAUAAUUGUCAUACUGAUGGUACAUCUCCAAAAGUAAGAUAUCCCCCUAUGUCUGCUGCUUUAAUGAAAUAAUCUAAGAAGAUCUAUUUUUCAAUGUGUGAAUGGGGAUUAGAGAAACCAUGGUUAUGGGCACCACCAAUAGCUAAUUCAUGGAGAACUACAGGAGAUAUUUCAGAUCAUUGGUAUUCUUUUAUUGGUAAUUAUCAUUUUCUAUUUAUAAGCUAUUUUGGAAGAAUAGGCUAAUUUAGCAUAAUAUGCUGGACCAGGAUAAUGGAAUGAUCCAGAUAUGUUAGAAGUUGGUAAUGGUGGAAUGAAAACUCAUGAAUAUUAAGCUCAUUUUGCUUUGUGGGCAAUUUUAAAAGCUCCACUUUUAAUUGGUUGUGAUAUUACAAAUAUGAGUUAAGAUACUAAAAAGAUAUUAAUGAAUCGUGAAGUAAUUGCUGUUAAUUAAGUAAAUAAUAAUAAUAAAUUAUUUUUUAGGAUAGUUUGGGUAAAUAAGCUACUAGAGUAAAAAAGGUCUUGACAAGUGAAGUAUGGGCUGCUGAAGUUGCUGAUAAUGGUGCAGGAGUUGUUGCUGUUCUCUUUAAUUAAGCAUCAAUAUAAGAAUCAAUAACUAUAGAAUUUGAUAAGUUGGGAAUUAGUGGAGCUCAGAAUGUUAGAGAUCUAAUUAAUUAAGUUGAUUUAGGAUAAUCAACAGUCAGUUAUACUUGUCAAGUUCCUGGACGUUCAGCAGUUAUGGUUAAAUUUAGAUCUGUCCAAUCUGAAUAAUGAU